AUGGUGCAGCAGUCCAACAGGGACAUCAAGCUGCAGCCCUGCGCCAUGGAGAUUCAGCCGUACUCCACAGACAGUACGACUUUAAAAAACAAUGACCAUGUUGAACAUCUCCAUUGGACCAAAGAACAUUGUGCACCCCGUGUAUGUGUCACCCCUUGAGUCGAUUCCUUUCCUCAUUGGUCAAGACCUUUUAAAAUGGUUUGAGCCCCUGAUCGAUUAUCGACAGCUGAAAAUAUGGGCACAGGUCCGCAGACCAUUACCCAUACCAGCAACCGACAGAAAUUGGGCUCAGUGUUAUGCCCUGACGCGUCAACUCGCUACAAGCACACCGGCAAGUGUAAGCUCACCGGAGCAACCCUACUUGUCUGACGAUGAGCCACAACCUUGCUCGUGGCCUUUUGAUGACUCAGUCAUGAAAAGAGACACGUUUUUGUGCAAAUUGGACGACAUCAAUGGACCCGACACCCCAUGGCCAUUGAUCACUGAUGGCGUUAAGUUGAAUGAGAAUCACAUCAACGAUGUGAUUUUGGCUCUUUGGGCUGACAAAUCGGCCAUCAGCUGUGAACUGUAUGACAACUUGUCUAGGGAUGACCCAAACCUUCAGUGUGUUCGGAAAGCAUUUUGCUUUCCCUUAGACUCCCUUCCUAAAGCUACCACAACCGCUGAAGGCGCCUGUGCCUUAACUGUGCGAUGGAACAAAAGGGAGAUGACUCACCACUUCUUGGUCAUCCCAGACCUACCACAUCCUGUCUACAUGGGAAGUGAUAUACUGGUCAGGUUGGCAGUCCAGGUCCAUACCAUUAACAAAGUGCUGUGGUCACUUACCGGUGUACAUGAGGAAACCCAGACCCCUGAUGUCGAUAAAAUCAUAUCAGGACAGUCGAUCCCUGAAGCCUGUCAGGUAGCCAAUGAACACAACAUUGUCAUACCUGCGAUGACCAAAAACUUUCCCAUUCGCUUGAACCUAUAA